CCCCGCCCCGCCCCGGCGUUGUCUACCUCCCAGGUCUCCCUUGCAUUCUUUUCCGGGCAGGCGGCCUUGGCUCCGGGGUUUUUAUGUCUCCGGGCGCGCUCAUCGCGGGGUCCACGCCACGCUCCAUGGCGAGUGCUGCGGAGCGCAGGAGCUGGGCCGCCCUCUGGCUCUGCGCAGUGGUUAUUUUACUUGACCUGGCUGUCUGUAAAGGAUUUGUAGAAGACCUAAAUGAAUCAUUUAAAGAUAAUCGAAAAGAUGACAUAUGGCUUGUUGAUUUUUAUGCACCCUGGUGUGGCCAUUGUAAAAAACUAGAACCGAUUUGGAAUGAAGUUGGGCUUGAAAUGAAAAGCAUUGGUUCUCCAGUUAAAGUUGGAAAGAUGGAUGCUACCUCCUAUUCUAGCAUUGCUUCAGAGUUUGGAGUUCGAGGUUAUCCAACAAUUAAGCUAUUAAAGGGAGACUUGGCAUAUAAUUACAGAGGACCACGGACUAAAGAUGAUAUAAUUGAGUUUGCUCACAGAGUGUCUGGGGCUCUGAUUCGACCUCUUCCAAGUCAACAAAUGUUCGACCAUGUACGGAAGAGGCACCGUGUGUUUUUUGUUUAUAUUGGUGGAGAAUCACCCUUAAAAGAGAAAUACAUAGAUGCUGCUUCAGAGUUAAUUGUGUAUACAUACUUCUUUUCUGCCUCAGAAGAUGUGGUUCCUGAGUAUGUGACACUGAAAGAGAUUCCUGCUGUGCUUGUUUUCAAGGACAACACUUACUUUGUUUAUGAUGAGUACGAAGAUGGCGAUCUGUCCACAUGGAUCAGCAGGGAGAGGUUUCAGAACUACCUUACCAUGGAUGGCUUCCUUUUGUAUGAACUUGGUGACACAGGAAAGCUUGUGGCUAUUGCAGUUAUUGAUGAGAAAAACACAUCACUUGAGCAUACCAGAUUAAAGUCAAUUGUUCAAGAAGUUGCUAGAGAUUUCAGAGACCACUUCCAUAGAGAUUUUCAGUUUGGCCAUAUGGAUGGAAAUGACUAUAUAAACACCUUGCUGAUGGAUGAGUUGACAGUCCCAACCAUAGUUGUACUGAAUACUUCUAACCAACAGUACUUUUUGCUAGAUCGACAUAUUAAGGAUGCCAGUGACAUGGUCCAGUUCAUUAACAGCAUUUUGGAUGGUACAGUACCAGCCCAAGGAGGUGAUAGCAUUUUGCAGCGAUUGAAAAGAAUAGUAUUUGAUGCCAAAUCUACAAUUGUGUCUAUAUUCAAGAGCUCUCCACUUAUGGGCUGCUUUCUCUUUGGCCUGCCGCUGGGUGUCAUCAGUAUCAUGUGCUAUGGAAUCUAUACAGCUGACACAGAUGGAGGCUAUAUAGAAGAGCGAUAUGAAGUGUCCAAAAGCGAAAUGGAAAACCAAGAACAGAUAGAAGAGAACCAAGAGCCAGAGUGCAGCAGUGGAGGAUCUGUCGUGCCUGCAGGGCAAGAGCCCAAGGACGCGUUAGAGAAGAAGAGAGACUGAGACGUCACAGAAAGAAAAUACUAGAUAAGAUUCCAAAUUAUUAAAGAGUAUUUAUUGAAUUUAGAUAUUUAAUCAUGAUCUAUUUACAGAAGAGAACAUGUUCUUUGUAUUUUGCUAACAACUGCAUGAAUUAAAGUAAUCCUUCCAUAAAUGGAAGCUAUUUGGAGCAAAGAGAUGAAGAGUUUGUCCAGAACAAAGUCAAAUCAUUCUGUCAACUACUGUUCAGAUGCCCAGCGUCGGUGCAC